AUGCCUGUGGAUGUAUAUGUCACCACAGCCUCAUCCAGUGUAGCCACCAGCACCAAGACUGUGCUGAAGCUCUCAGGUAUCACUGUUGGGAGUACUGAUGGAGAAGACCAACUAAAUACAAUUGUUCUGAUCUCAGAGUUCUUGGACAUAGCCCAUACCAAAGAGAAGGCCUCUGCGGUGGUCAGCCACUUACUCCAUAUGUCCAGAGAGAAGCCUGAGGCCUCACAGCAGAAUAGCAAUAUCCCUAAUUUCUCAAUAAACACCAUCUCCAUCAGUUUCCAGCCAGAUGACUCCAAACAGGAGACUGUUCUUAAGUCCCCACCAAAAUCCCAGUUUAAAAUGGGCAACACACCAAAGGUCUCAGCAAAAAGGGGAACCAUUCCCAAGUCCGCAGUACCUGUUAUCCCUUCUAAGCAUCGUGGAAUCCCCAAGUCCAUGGCAAAAACUAUCCAGCCCAAACAGGAUUCCACCCCUCAGGCCACAGAGGAAAACAGCCAGUUCAAUGAGAGUGGUAUUUCCGAGUCCCCAGAGGAAUCUGUCCAGCCCUAUGUGGGUGUUUUCCUCAAGUCUUCAGCACAGACCAUUGGGCCCAGACAGAAGACUAGUGCUCAGGAUGCAGAGGAAAACAGCCAGUUCAAUGAGAGUGGUAUUUCCGAGUCCCCAGAGGAAUCUGUCCAGUCCUAUGUGAGUGGUUUCCUCAAGCCUUCAGCACAGACCAUUGGGCCCAGACAGAAGACUAUCCCUCAGGACGUGGAGGAAAACAGCCAGUUCAAUGAAAGUGGUACUUCUGAGUCCCCAGAGGAAUCUGUCCAGUCCUAUGUGGGUGGUUUCCUCAAGUCUGCAACACAGACAGUUCAACCUAGACAAAGGACCAUCCCCAACUCCUCAGAGAAAACCCACCAGUCUAAUGAGGGCAGCAUCCCCAAGUCCUCUGUACCCAUGCAACCUAAACAAGAUGUCCUCAAGUCCAUGGCAAAACCUAUUCAUCCCAAGCAGAGGACCAUCCCCAAGACCUCAGAGGAAACCAGCCAAUCCAAUGAAGGUGGCAUUCCCAUGUUCCUAACACAGACCAUUCAUCCCAAACUCAGGACUAUUCCUCAGGGAAAGGACAAGUCCUCAGAGGAAACUGACCAACUCAAUGAAGAUGACAUCCCCCAGUCCUCAGCAUACAUCCAACUCAAGCCAGGAGAUACCUUAAAGUCCUUGGAAAAACCAGUGCCUCCCAAGCAGGAGACCAUGUUCAAGUCCUUAGAGGAAAUUGACCAGGCCAAUAAGGAAGAUAUCCUCCAGUCCUCAGACUACACACAACUGAAGGAAUUAGUAAAAACUAUCCAAUACAAGCCAGGGGUCCUCCUCCAGUCCUUAGAAGAAAAUAGCCAGUUCAGUGAGGAUAGUACCCCCAAGUCCUCAGCAUACACUUUACAUCGCAAGUCUUUGGUGAAAACUAUUCUACCUAACGAUGAGACAAUCCCCAAGUUUUCAGGGGAAACCAACAAGUCCAAAAAAUUUGGCAUCCCAAAGUCCUCAGUAUAUACCAACAAGUUCAAGGAAGUCAAACCCUUAUACAAAUCCAUCCUGCCUAAGAAGGGCAGCAUCAUCAAUGUCUCAGAGGAAACCUUGCAGCAGCCCAUGAAAAGCACCCUUGAAAAUUUCCAAGAAGAAUUGACAGAAUACCCAAAGGAAACCCUGGUGAACAUGAUUCUGAGCCAUGAUGAAUUCAAGGACAUGCUCAGGGAGGCAGAGCAUAAGCUGGUAGUAGUGAACUUCUCAGCCUCUUGGUGCAACUCUUGUAGGAUUAUCAGGCCAUUCUACCAUUCCUUGUCUGUGAAGUAUGAGGAUGUGAUGUUUCUGGAAGUGGAUGCUGAUGACUGUGAAGAGGUGGUGAAAGUGUGUUCAGUUGAAUGUCUUCCAACCUUUCAGUUUUAUAAAAAAGAAGAAAAAGUGUAUGAGUUUCAUGGGGCCCUUAAGGAAAAACUUGAAGAAACCAUUAGAGAAUUAAAAUAA